AGAGCGCAGCUGGAUGUCACUGAUUUGAUUGAACUAGAGGACACCUCGCAUCAUAACAACUCAUAUAAAAUCUAAAAUCAUAUCUUAAUAAGCACAACAACCUAUUGAGUCGCGGGAUGCAUAAAAAAAUUAUAGUUGUAUAAGAGACAGCUCAGAACAUAGUAGCCUAAAACAGCUGUUGUCAUCGGUUUUUAACAUUUUUCACUAUUUACCUUCUAUUGCUUUUGUGAAAAUAUAUUUUAUCAUAGAGUUUAAUUAUAGUAAUUGCACUUAUGGACACCAUUCUGGACAAUUUCGCCCCGGAUAAACUUUUCCCCAGUGCCAACCUGUUGGACCUUGAGGAUUUGAAUGAAGGGGAUUUUCUCAACAAUGUGCACUUCUCGGAGCAGAUGGAGGACUUCUCCAACGAGCUGUUCAGCAGCUUCUUUGAUGACCACCUCCUGGCCGACAGGAACCCACUGUUGGACAUGGAGAUGGACCCACCCAACCCUGACAUCCAGCAAGAACACAGCUACUCCCUGAGCGGAGACUCGGCCCCCCAGAGCCCCUCCAUGUCCAUCAAAAUGGAUGAGGAAGCAGAGUUUGAAGGAAUGUGGUCUUUCAGCCAGGACCUGACGGCCAUCCUGGUAAAGCAGGAGCCUGAUCAACAGGCAGAGCCUUCCUCUACAGUCCCCUCCAUGGGGAACUCAUGCUUCCAGCCUCUCAACCUCGCCCCACCACCUCACAGGAGCUCAUCGGGGGACACAGGCUCCAAAGAGUUGAACCUCAACCCCACACCUGCAAUCAAAGAUGAACCCAGAGAGGUCAACCAGUUCCUCAACAUCCCUUCAGAUGAUCAGCUGCAGCUCCCCCCCACCCCUCCCAGCAGCCAUGGCAGUGACAGUGAUGGAUCCCAGAGCCCCCGCUCCAUGCCCCCUUCCAGCCCAGCCCGCCUACAGGCCCGCUCCUCCGCUGCCAUAUCCUCCUCACCCCUCCUUACCGCCCCACACAAACUACAGGGCACUUCAGGGCCCCUGAUGCUAACAGAGGAGGAGAAACGCACCCUGAUCGCUGAAGGUUACCCCGUACCCAACAAGCUGCCCCUCACCAAGACCGAGGAGAAGGCACUGAAGAGGGUUCGGAGGAAAAUAAAAAAUAAGAUAUCUGCCCAGGAGAGUCGCAGGAAGAAGAAGGAGUACGUGGAGUGCCUGGAGAAAAAGGUGGAGAACUACACAUCUGAGAACAGUGACCUGUGGAAGAAGGUGGAAACACUGGAGAGUGCUAACAGAACUCUACUCCAGCAGCUCCAGAAACUCCAGGUCCUGGUCACAGGAAAAAUGCCCCAAUCCUACAAAAUGGCCUCAACGCAAACAGGAACAUGCCUUAUGGUGGUGGCGCUGUGCUUUUUCCUGGUGCUGGGCUCCCUUGUACCUUGUCUGCCUGAGCUCUCCUCCCUGUCUCAUACCGUGAAGUCCUCCUCGCCCCUCCCCUCGGCUGAUGUCUACACAGCCAGCCAGGUCCGCUCCCGCAGCCUACUCUUCUACGACGAGAGCUCCUCGUUGGAGGACGGUCACGGGGGCUUCCUGAAGAUGGAGGGGGACGGCUCGGAGGGGGCGCCCCUCGACUACACCGAGGACCGGUCGGCACAUGACAGCCACGGAGGCGAACACGAGAACACCAAGUACCUCAGCAAGGUUCACUCCGAUCCGGUGGACUACAACAGGACCGGCGCCCAGUUCCUCCAAGAAGAGCCGCAGUACCACAAAAUAGAGCCAAACCCCGAAGGAGGAGAGGAGUACUUUUAACCUUGAGGGGCGGAGCUGCCAAAAACACAGGCUCUCCAGACUCCUUACCCAUGUGGAUGUGUAGUGACAUUACGGCGCCCCCUAGUGUGCCACCCCCAACCCACCUCUCCCUGCACUCCCUGACCUCCUGCAGUAGCUCCCUGGCCUUCCUGUUCCAUCCCAUUCCCUGAAGUCCCACCUGAUAGAGAGGAUGAAGAGGGUAUGUGAAGAAGAUAGAAAUGACGGGCAACUCCAAUCAAAGCUACACAGGAACUUUUCAUCUCUGACUGCUGUGUUUGACUGGAGGCAGAAGCAGGGAGUGAGAGGGGUUUGAAUUGAGUAACUUGUUGAAACAUCUGUGUGCUCUGUGUGUCUGUCUGCACGUUCAACUGGGUGAGUGUGGUUGCAGUGCUUCUGUUGCAGAUGAAGUGCUCCUCAGAUUCCAUCACACUGUUGCUUUUUCAAGGACUUCUACAAAUAUUUAGAACACAGGGGGUACUUCAGGCGUAGGGGGGAUCUAUAGCGGAUCUAUAGCAAAUUGGAUAGGAGGGUGAGGGGGAUAGGGAUGUGGGGUGGUGGGGGGGGGGGUAUUUAUAAUUCCAGUUGUUCUGUUCUAGAAAUUCCCUCUCCUACUUCACAAUUGGUCAUGCAAAUAUUUUAAUACAUACAUUCCAAAGAAUGUCCUCUUUUACCUUUUGCUUAAAGCGCUUAAAAUGCACUCUAUUGCCUCAUGCUAGAAUUAUACAUCUUUCAAAGGCAUUUAUUUUUUACAUUUUACCACAUUUUGUCCCAUAAUGUUUAAGCUUGUGUGUGCAUUGCACUUUUUUUUUCUUCAGGUCGACAUUGCAAGCUAAUGGGUAUAAGUGCCUUCAAACUCUUUCAGUUUUUGUAUUCUCACGCCGUCCACAUGGGGUUGUUCAUUUUAUUAUUUGACUCUUUAUGCAAACGAAAUCAUAUGUAAUAUAUACGUAUUAUUGGCAUCAAAAAAGAGCAUAUUUAUUUUAUGCAAAAAAAUAUUGUGAACUUUUCUUUUUAUGAAUAUCAAUUAUGACGUCAUGUUUACAUGAUCUUGUUGUCUUAACUGUUACACAGUUUGUCUGUUUUUUGUAUUUAUUUCUGUAUCAAGAAAGUUUUGUAUAUAUUGCAAUCAGUGUAAAUGCAUACCAAGGGUGUACAAUACUUCCUCACUGGAGGAAAGGGUGUACAAUACUUCCUCACUGGAGGAAAGGGUGUACAAUACUUCCUCACUGGAGGAAAGCCUUCUCUAGUCCAAAAGACUCAAAACUGCCCAUCUUUACAAAAAUAGUCAAAACACCACCACAAGAAUACAUUUUCUCCACAAAAAAAAAUGAAUGAAUAUCAUCAUUAUGCCAAAAGUCCAUUCAGCCCUAAUGUCAUUGUGAAUGUGAAAAUAGAGUAUAUUUUAAAUUGAAUAUCAAAGUUCAGAAUCCACUGGGGGUAAAAAAAUAAAAAAUAAUAAUCGCAUCACGAUUUACAGUAGUGCCCAGAAAAACUGUUCACUCUAAAGAACACUGUUCUGUUGAUAAUGAUUCUUAAAAACAGUCACUCCAGCAGCAGAAUAAUACAAAAAGCUUUUCAUGCAGCGUUUUUGUUGUGAAGAACCUUGUUACAUUGAAUAGAAUAUAUUCUGGUGUUCCCUCCUCUUCCUGCUGUGUUGUUUCAGGGCGAGAGAGGGAGAGAGAGAUUGUGUAAGGAGUGAGUGGGGCGGCCCCACUGACGCUAAAUGAGAUUGCGUAAUGCUAGGCAGGAGGGUUUGAGUAGACAGCCCAGGCUCUGUGGAGGAGGCAUGGAGGAUCUGGGUCAGCCAGUGGCCUUGGAGUCUUAGCUUAACGUCCAGUCUGUUGCUCUUCAUAGAUUUCACUUGCUUAUUCACAACUGUGGCUUGUCUGUGUAUAAUCAGGGGAGGCCAGACGCACAAUCCUUUCAUGUAAUUAAUAUGUAUUUUACUCUAACAUGUCAUUAGAUUUGCAUUAUUCAUUUUCUGUCAAAUGGUUUGUAAAAUCACUACCUGCCCUAUUAAUCAGAGCCAUAUAAUUUCUAAGUCGGUUUUGUUUCCUAGUUGUCGCCUGUCUUAUAUCUUAGUGCACAUUACCUGACAAAUGUAGAGUUGGUUAACUGAGUACACUGAUAAUGUGUGUAUAUUGAAAAUGUCGAUUGCUUCCUGUCAAGAUACUGUUUGUCUAUGUUUGUCCUUUCGUUUGAUUAAUAGAUGUGUAACUAAGGUUCAACCAGAUGCUCUGGAAGCUGUCCUGCCCUCACCCACUUGCCUUCUAUAAACACACCUUUUACUGAUCAAAUGGUUGCUUAGUUGUCCCAACCCACCCCAGUCCCCUCUAUCCUACCUGCUACACCAUCUUUAGGUUGUCUUAUAAAGCAGUGCCUGGUAUAAAUGACUGCUACUCUAUAUUCUAUAAUCUGUCCAAUGUGCUGAUCUUGAACAGGCUCUCUGAUGACUGUGUCCACACUAAACCAUUGGGAUCGUGCAUGACACAGUAAAUCAAGUCCGACUGAGUUAUCUGGUUGAACCAGGGUCAAUCUUUUGUAAUUAGUCCCCCAAAUGUGUGGUAGAAACCUGCUUCAGAACCUGUGUGAGGGGUUUUACAAGGCUAUUCAAAGUGAAAUGAUGCAAAUCUUACCAAACAUUCCAUGAGUUUGUUGCCGUUCGUAAUGUGUGCCCUUUUGUACAUAAGACAAAGUGAAUGCUUUUGCUGUAAAUAAGGGGAUGUAUUUUUGUAUUUGAAAUGUAUUUUGGUAUUCACCUGGCGCCUUUGGGAAGGAACUGGCCAGUUGCUGACCUUUCACACUGUGGCUGUACAAGUAAAUUGCAUGUGUUUCUGGGUAAGCCACAGGAGCCUUUCUGUAUUGCCUUUCUGUAUCAGUCUCUUUAAUAGUAAGUAGAGUUAGUAUCAAGCAAAAUAUAAAAAAUUGCAUCAGCAUAA